AUGGUCCAUCUCAUCUUGACGGGGGCAACGGGGUUGGUGGGCUCGGCGGUGCUCUCACACAUCUUGUCAUUGCCUGCCAGCGCGACUCCGCGCAUCACCCGACUCAGCAUCCUCUCGCGCAACACGGACAUCUCGCUGCUCUCGGAUUCGCCGCCCGCGGGGACGCCGAGGACGAACAAGCACACGACGAUCGAGGUCAUCGAGCACAAGGACUUCACCAGGUACCCUCCCGAGUUGCUCCGGCGUCUCGAGGGUGCCGACGCGUGCAUCUGGGCUUUGGGAGUGAGUCAGAACGACGUGUCCAAGGACAAGUACGUCGAGAUCACGAAGGACUACACGCUCAACGCGGCCAAGGCGUUUGCUGGACUUCGUACUGGUGGUGGCGGCGGGAACAGCGACGAUAAUAACAAUGAAAGCACCACCAGCGCCGGCGGGAAGAUGUUCAAGUUCAUCUACGUGUCAGGCGAAGGAGCGACGCAGACGCCGGGACGCUUGACGCCCUUGUUCGGCCGCGUCAAGGGAGAGACCGAGACGGCGUUGCUCGAUCUGGCCAGGGACAAGGACUUCCGGGGCAAGCUGGCCGUGUACUCCGCGCGGCCGGCGGGCGUCGACGGGACCAACCAGCCGUGGAUAUGGAACAAGAUCCUCAGGGACCAUCGGUCCACGGCUCAGAGGGUCAUGUUCAAGAGUCUCUUGGGCCCGAUGCGCGUGCUGGGCAGGGAGAGCUGGCUGAGUCCGACAGAGGAGCUGGGCAGGGUGCUGGUCGACAUGGCGCUGAGUGACAAGGUCGACGGGUACGAGGGGACCGGCGUCGCUGGUGAAGAAGGUAGGAUCCUGGGAAACAUUGCUCUGAGGAGGCUGGCGAGAGAGGGAACUGUGAAGGCCAAUUGA